AUGUUAAAAGAUUUUCAACAACGAUUUCAUUUAAAAGUCACCGGCAUUCUGGAUGAUGCUACCAAACAACAAAUGAGUCGACCACGUUGCGGUAAUAAGGAUCCAUUGCUCAUUUUAUCAAAAAAUACUGUUGCAUCAUUAGGACUGAAAUGGUCACGUUCAACGUUGACCUGGUCGCUAAGAAACUAUUCACCACAUAUCGGCGAAGCAGAGUCGCGAAAUAUCAUUCAACAAGCAUUCGACGCUUGGUCUCAACAUAUACCAUUGAGUGUCAAGGAAGUCUGCUCGGCAUGUUCGGCGAAUAUCGUUGUCGAUUUUGGCCAGACAGAACACGGCGAUCAUUAUCCCUUCGAUGGACGAGGUGGGACAUUGGCACAUGCCUACUUUCCUGAAGAUGGUCGAAUACAUUUUGACAUGGAUGAGCCAUGGACAAAUAGGUAA